AUGGCCACCUUUGUGACACUCAGCUCCAAAGCCGAGAUGCCUAUUGUGGGCCUGGGCACCUGGAAGUCUGCUCCAGGUCAAGUCAAAGAGGCUGUGAAGGCAGCUAUUGACGUGGGGUACCGCCACAUCGACUGUGCGUUUAUGUACAUGAAUGAGAGCGAGGUGGGGGAGGCCAUCCAGGAGAAGAUCCAAGAGAAGGUUGUGACACGCAAGGACCUCUUCAUUGUCAGCAAGCUGUGGCCCACCUUCUUUGAGAGGCCCCUGGUGAAGGAAGCCUGUCAGAAGACCCUCAAGGAUCUGAAACUGGACUAUCUGGACAUUUACCUGAUUCACUGGCCUCAGGGGCUUCAGCCCGGACAAGAAACUGUCCCCAAAGACAAUACAGGCAAAAUCCUGGGCAGUAAAAGAACAUUCUUGGAUGUCUGGCAGGACAUGGAGGAGUUGGUGGACCAGGGGCUGGUGAAAGCCAUUGGCAUCUCCAACUUCAACCACUUCCAGAUCGAGAGGCUCUUGAAUAAACCUGGACUAAAACACAAACCAGUGACUAACCAGAUCGAGUGUCACCCAUACCUCACGCAGGAGAAGUUGAUCCAGUACUGCCAGUCCAAGGGCAUCGCAGUCACUGCCUACAGCCCCCUGGGCUCCCCGGACAGACCUUGGGCCAAACCAGGAGACCCUUCACUGCUGGAGGACCCCAAGAUUAAACAGAUUGCUGCAAAGUAUAACAAAACCCCAGCCCAGGUUCUGAUCCGGUUCCAUGUUCAGAGGAAUGUGGUUGCGAUCCCCAAGUCUGUGACCCCGAAACGCAUUGCAGAGAACUUGCAGGUCUUUGAUUUCCAGUUAAGUGAUGAGGAGAUGACGACUAUACUCAGUUUCAACCGGAACUGGAGGGCCUGCACCAUAACGGAACUGGCCCAUUUGAAGGAUUAUCCUUUCGAUGCAGAGUACUGA